AUGGGCGGAACAAUUGACGUUCACCACCAUCUCAUUCCCCCCGCUUUAGAGAAUAGACUGAACAAUUUUUCCUUAGUAUGGUUUGCAAAUAUCGAAAAAGCUCGUGGCCUCCAACUCCCGACCUGGUCGGCAGAGGGCACACUCGAAGCCAUUGAUGAGUGCGGCAUCAGCACCGCCGUCAUUUCCAUGGGCCAUCCCGUCCAUCCCUAUGUGGAUGAUAUUCGACAAGUGGCGCCCAUCUGUCGUGAGAUCAAUGACUAUACAGCCAAGUUGCGGGACGCUCACCCAGACCGAAUCGGGUUCUUUGCGACGCUUCCCCCGAUGGAUCAGACAGAUACCUGCAUUGAAGAGAUGAGGUACAGCUUGAACGAACUUCAGGCUGAUGGAGUCGUGAUCUUUAGCAGCUAUGCCGGUCGAUACCUGGGCCACCCGAUCUUUCGUCCCGUCUGGGAUGAAUUCAACCAGCGAGGGGCCGUCGUGCUCAUUCACCCUGGCUUUGAGGGCAUGGCACCGAUUGAAGAGCCACGGAUUUUAGCACCACCCAUUAUUGACUGGACGCAUGAGACGACACGGACCGCAGUGCACCUGAUCACGGGCCCGGCUUUUGUCAUCUGGUCAGUUUAUCUGGUCUUUUUCCACCCUCUGGCCAGAUUUCCCGGUCCAAAGCUCUGGGCAAUUUCGCGCAUUCCAUGGGCGUACCAUGUUAUCAAAGGCGAUGUCUGGCACUCCAUGGAUGAUUUCCAUAACCGCUAUGGCUCGGUCAUCCGCAUUGCUCCGGAUGAGCUCUCGUUCAUCUCGCCAGCGGCAUGGAAAGACAUAUAUGGAGCACGCCCUCAGUUGCUUAAAGACCCCCGCAGUCAAACGCCCCCAUUGAAUGGAGCGAACUCGCUCUUCACGGCGCUGGGAGAUGAUCACCGCCGAAUUCGAGGCGCGUUCAUCAACGCCUUUUCCGACAAGGCGUUGAGGGAGCAGUCUCAGACCAUCUAG